UGCUCGCGUUCCGGCAUGCGACGCAAGAUCAUGCGCAAGCUAUACUCGAGACUGCGUGAUGGCGAAGGAGGUGAAGAGUCAAGCCACACGAGCAUCGAGAACCGCGUGGUCUUGUGAGGUGUCAAGAUUCAUCCUCGCUGCUCGCAUGCAUGGACGGCAUUGUCGAGGUGGAUUCGAGCUGUGUCCCGAUGCCCCCUUGCUUCGACCCCUCAUCGUCAUGGAUUUGGCGCGGAUGCUUCAAAUAUCCGCAUGCACACCAUCCAAAGGGUCGUCCAUCGACUUUAGCGUCGAUGUUUGCCUUUCGUAGCGUGUCUCUCCUCCCUCUCUCUCCUUCUUCGCUUGCUCUGCACAAGUCCAGCACCAGCGUUUGCAGGUGGAGCUGCGCAGCCAAGCAUCUCCCACGCUGGAAAGCUUGCGCAUGCUGCCUUGCAGCUUUUCAUUGUGGCUUGCCACGAAUCGCACCUCAAGUCGAACGUCAGCUCCAUUGCGGACGAGCCGCUUCUUGCGAGGCAUCACACUCUGCCAAAGUUACGAAGGGCCUAGACGGCUGCUCAGCGCUUGGUCCCCUCGCUCGCUGCUCACUUGCCCGGUGCAAUCACGGCAGCCAAUCACCUGGAAGGCAGACUCGCAUCUGCUCGCUCCACAAUAUCACAGCACGUUCAGCAACAACGGCGAUAAUCAUACAAGGCACAUUGUCUCUCUAUAAUAGUCUGCAGUCUCUCGUCUAGUACCUUGCUCCGUCGCGGAGGUUCAAGACGUUCCAGCGCUGAGUACCCUCUCGAAGAAUACAAAAGGACAUUUCUCGCGACUCGAAUCAUACCAUACCUUGUCUCUCUAAUCAGCGCCUUCCAUUUUCCGGCACCAAGCACCUCAGCUAAUCCUCACCAUGCUCCAUCAACGUGCUCGUGCGUGCGGCCUUUGGGUUUCACUCGGCCUACUUGCUUGCGUUUCCCGAGUCAGCACAUCACCGAUUGCCCAGCUCGUUCGGCCCUCUCAUGACAC